GAACGAAACGGUCAAACAAAUCAUUCCAUGGAGCAGGUUAACGUACAGUCUCUCCCCAUUGACAAUCACUCGAUUUUCAUUUACUGUUAUCGAUGGACCGAACUCGCCAACAAGACACUCCGUAUCUCAUCUCCCUCCUCUUCGCUCUAACCGUCGCUACUCAAACCACCGGCUCGUUUAACUGCCGAACCGGUUCCCUCCCUUAUCCGUUCGGUUUGACCGACGGUUAUCCGAUCCGGUUCAAAUGCUCCGAGAAAACCGGCGACGCGGCGAUAGGAGAAUUCUCCGUUCAGGAGGUGACGAACGCGAACAUAUACGUGGAGAUCCCGCCGCUGUGCAAACGCGACAUCCGCAAAAUCGAGCAGCUCUUCCGCGACAACUACGCUCCGUCGAUAUCAGACAACACAGUUCUUGUCCAGGGGUGCAACGAGUCGUCGUCUGAUUGCUCGAUCGGUCGGAGUUUCGUCCAAGACCGGUUAAAUCUCAGUAGAUGUAUCUCUCAGGUGAGAUGUCUCGACGCAGCUGCGGAGGAGACAAAGGCCGAUGUGAUGAGUGUCCUCGACGUUGUGAAUCGGAGCGGUUGUGAGUAUUGGUUCUCUUCGAUCGCGCGUCGGUCUAAAUCGGUUAACUUGGGUCAACUCAGGCUCGAUUGGUGGCUUAAGGAAGGCUGUAGUAACGCUACAUGCUCCUCAAACGCAACUUGUACGACGGUCAAUCUCGCCGGCGGUGGGUUUGGUCAUCGUUGCAAGUGCAACGAUGGAUUUUACGGCAACGCCUUCAGUGUGCACGGUGGUGGUUGCCGACCAGAUGGUAAACGCGGAGGACUACUACACAAACUCAUUGUUCUUGGAAUUGCCAUUUUACUUGGAGCUUCACUAAUUGCCAUAUUGAUAUUUGCUUUUAUCUACCGCUACAAGCGUUCUACGUCUUCAUCGAGUACAUCACUCGCAAAUCGUUUGUUCUGUGAGCUGGCCGAGAACUCCAGCGUUCCCUUCUACACCUUCAAAGAGCUCGAGAAAGCCACCGACAAAUUUUCCGACAAAAACAAGCUUGGAACCGGAGCAUACGGAACAGUCUACGCUGGAGAAUUCCCAAACAGCUCGUGGGUCGCUAUUAAACGUCUCAGACGCAAAGACACACCAAGCAUCGACCAAGUCGUGAACGAGAUCAAGCUUCUUUCCUCCGUGAGCCACCCUAACCUAGUUCGUCUCUUAGGCUGUUGUGUCGCUCAAGGCGAACCGAUUCUAGUCUACGAGUUCAUGCCAAACGGAACGCUUUCUCAGCAUUUACAACACGAAAGAGGCCAAACACCACUUUCUUGGCCGCUACGUCUCUCCAUCGCUUCUCAAACCGCAAACGCAAUCGCACAUCUCCACUCUUCAGUAAACCCUCCUAUCUACCACCGAGACAUCAAAUCCAGCAACAUACUCCUCGACUACGAGUUCAACUCCAAGGUCUCUGAUUUUGGACUCUCUAGGCUCGGCAUGUCCACCGACUUCGACGUGUCUCAUAUCUCCACGGCUCCGCAAGGCACUCCUGGAUAUCUGGACCCUCAGUACCACCAAGAUUUCCAGCUCUCGGACAAGAGCGAUGUCUACAGCUUUGGAGUUGUUCUCAUUGAGAUCAUCUCAGGGUUUAAAGUCAUAGAUUUUACUCGUCCCUUCACUGAAGUGAACCUAGCCGCUCUUGCCAUUGACAGGAUCGGAAGGGGGCGUGUGGUAGACAUCAUUGAUCCCUCCUUACAAACAGAGAACGAUCCAAAAAUGUUUGCUUCUCUCCAGAACUUGGCCGAACUGGCAUUUCGCUGCUUAUCCUUUCACCGAAACAUGAGGCCGACAAUGAUUGAAGUUGCGGAAGACCUCCAACGGAUUAAGCUUAUGUACUUUGGCAAAGAGACAAGGAACUCCAAAAACCGAUCAGACCUCGAUAUAAAGAGACUAAACAGCAAAUAAUUAAAUACCCGGGAGUAUGAAUGUCGCCGCAGGAGCCUAGUAGACGAAUUCUGUCUUGGAUUUCGAUUGCUUUUUUUCUUUGUUGUUGGUUCCUUGUGUAUGAAGUAAGAAAGAAACAAUGCAGCUGGAAGAUCCACUAGGCUUUGUAUAUUCAUUUCAUAAAAUCUAUACAAAAUAUUCAGUUCCCUCUGUU